GUCGAAUGUUUUGUGCCCCGUCAGAGGGCGGGGCCCCGCGCACCAAACUUCUGCACCCAACUUUUAAAGCUUAAAGUUUAGGAUUUUUUACGCAGGCCUGAAGUAGAUUUAGAUUUCAGACACUUAAAAUGGAAAUUCCGGCCAUAAACCUGAAGGCCAUCCUGGUGGUCCACUGGUUCCUAACAGUCUGCGGCUGCAUCGGCUGGUUACCUCCUACUUACAUCGCUACAAACUUCAGCGUUCUGGGUGUGGGAGUGUGGGCCAUGGCUCAGAGAGACUCUGUAGACGCUGUACUGAUGUUCCUGAUCGGUCUGUUACUGACGAUCAUAAUCGACAUCCUCCACAUCGCAAUUUUUUACUCUGCAAACCAACCAACAGAUCUGUUCCGCUUCAGCGUGGGCAUGGCCAUCCUCAGCCUCCUCCUCAAACCUUUGUCCUCCUUCUUCGUCUACCAGAUGUACCGUGAGCGGGGUGGAGAAUACAACAUCAGCUUUGGUUUUCCGACGGUGACCCAGAACCGAGACACCUAUCAGUCGAUCGAUCAGCAGGACCCACCCGACAACUCGGCCAAGCCGUUUAUCCAAGGAGAGGACCAGAAACAUGCCACACGAUCUUACUGAUUUAUACCUUAACUCAUUAUCUGUUUUCUUUUUUUAAUUGGUUGCUGCACCGCUGGAAAAAAAAUGUUAGAAGUGUACUAAAGUGUAGCAUUGCUUGUUACUGCUGGGAGACCCUCAGGGGUCAGUAUUCACCACCUUUAUUUUGUAUCUUUUGCCUGGGAAAGUGAAUGUAGUUGCCUUUUAAGAUGAUUCAAGAGUCAUCAUUAGACCUCAAGGACCUUAUUUAGACCUAAAUGAGUUUUCCAAGGUGGAGUAAAUAGAACACACACACACACACACGUAUGAAGAAUGUUUUCUUGAUCUUCCCACCACCAUGACAAGCAAUAGUACAGUUUAGUGUGUUGGUUUCAUUACAGUUUGUGCAUCAGUGAUGCACCAUGUGGUACAUAAACUAUGUUGAAUAUUUUCUGUUAUAAACUUUAUAGAAUUAUAGUUAAAUGUUGCAGGUCACAGUUACAGAGCACUCAAUUUUCUAUCAUUUAAAUAUGAUAGAAAUAAAUAAAUAAAUAAAUAAAUAGAUAUGAGGUGCUUUAUGAAAGAAAGAAAAAAGAAUAUAUAUAUACAGUAUAUGAGCAUAUAUAUAUAUAUAUAUAUAUAUAUAUAUGUAUGUAUGUAUAUAUAUAUAUAUAUAUAUAUAUAUAUAUAUAUAUAUGUAUAUAUAUAUAUAUAAUUAUCAGGCAUAACAUUAUGACCCCCUGCCUAAUAUUGUGUUGGUACCCCUUUUGCGCUCACAAACCAGCCCUGACUCAUCUAGGCAUGGACUCCACUAGAUUCCUCUGGCAUCUGGCACCAAGAUGUUAGCAGCAGAUAAUGUUGCCUCCAUGGGCCCCACCUUGCAACUUGCAGAACUUAAAGGAUACUCUUGUUGAUAGAUACUGACCACUGACCACAAGAGCUGCAGUGUUGGAGAUGCUCUGAUCCAUUCACAAUUUUUUCCUGAUCAAACUCGCUCACAUCCUUACGCUUGCCCAUUUUUCCUGCUUCUAACACAUCAACUUUGAGGACGAAAUGUUCACUUGCUGCCUAAUAUAUCCCACCCACUAACAGGUGCCAGAAUGUUAUGCCUGAUCGGUGUACGUAUCUAUAUACUUGAAAUGUAAUGGGCUACUUGCACUUGGGACCACAAUGUAUUUCUAUCACCAGUAGCACUGUUUACAUUUGGCAAGUACAGCAAGAGAGCAACAGCUAAUAUUUUUUUUCCAAGUCUAAUAGGCUAAUAUUAGAUAGGUGUUUUCUUACCUCCAUAGUAUUUUAUCUUUGACAAACCAUACAUUCUGAUACCUGAAGCUUUCCAAAUCACUUGACUAUUUAUUUUCAGGACCUCCUGCAGACACAGAGUGUAAAAUAGCACCUUAUAGUGUAUGAGCCGGAUGGAAAAAUUGUCAUCUUGGUUAAAAUUUGGUGGAAAUUGUUUGCGCAAGUAGCCUAUUGUACAUCUGGAGUAAUGGAUUACAGAUGGUGUUGAAGGAAAAAGAAAGAAUUUGUACAUGUGAGGGCAAUUUUGUGUCUUAAGAAGUAAUAUUAGCUGACAUGUUACUCUUCACAAUGUAAAAAGAAGUACUUUUAGGUCAAUAAGAAAAACAGGGGAGAAUAUAAAUAUAUAUGUGUCACUUUUUCAUGAUUUUGGAUGAAGGAUGCUCCAAAGAAAGAUGCUGGAUAAUAAUAAAAAAUAACAUUCAGUUAUA